AUCAUAAGGUGAAUGCACCAUUUUGUAAGUCGCUCUGGAUAAGAGCGUCUGCUAAAUGACUUAAAUGUAAAUGUAAAUGUAAAAUCUUUGAAUGUUUACUAUGUGAGAUGAGCAAACUUGUCAAAGUCACUGGGAAACUGGUCAGAGGCUAAGCCCACUAAGUGAACCAGCAAAUCCUGAGUUGUAUCAUAAUGUCCUAGUAGUUUAGUUUCACAUGGGCAAAAUUACAACUAACCAGGAUAUGUUUUGUUUCUAAGUUAGCUUGUUAAAAUUGACCCCAUCCCACUACCUAUCAUGAAACAGGCCUACCCCCCAGGGAAUUGAAAGUGGGAAGAGGAAAGCACCUGGAACAUUUUUAAUAUGGUUCUGAAACAACUACUACCCAAAAUACAUACAUUCUAUUUUCUCAAAAUACUUUCUAUCACGGAGCUGGUGUCAGCCCAUGCCUGAUAUUCUCACGUGCUAUUAAAUAACCCGACAACUUUCAUUUAGCUGUUAAAUUCUGUCCCCUCAUUGUUGAGCUCUCCUUUAAUCAGAGCCUAAAAUAAAUAGAGCAACCAGCACAGAAAGCUUGUAUUCUGUUUUGAUAAACGGUGUGUUACUCUUAUUCCCAGAGAAGAUUCCUUUAUGUGCUUUCUUUUCAAAUAGUAGUCUUCACUGGUGUUAUGUAAUAUGUAUUCAGUGAUACAUAAAUGCCAUCUUUUGUUAGAUAUCGGUUUUCCUCUUUGGAGAAAUCAGGUGACACACAACAAAAGGUAACAAAACUGGGCUAUAAAAAGGCUCAAACAUGACAUUCUCAACUUUGAUCAUGAAUCUUACACCCAAGCGCAAGUGGUACCUAGCAUUUGUGAUUGCAGUUGUUUGCUCCAAUGAAGGAGCAUCUCGAGUUCUAGACAGACUCAGUUCUGGAGGAGUACGUUUAGUGGAUGGCCCAUACAACUGCUCUGGCAGGGUGGAGGUGUACUAUGCAGGCCAGUGGGGUACAGUGUGUGAUGACAACUGGGACCUGCUGGAUGCCAAGGUAGUGUGUAGGGCACUGGGCUGUGGGGCAGCCCAGAAGGCCCUGCACCAGGCCCACUUUGGCUGGGGUAAGGGGGAGAUCUGGCUAGAUGAUGUGGAAUGUUCUGGGAAUGAAGAGUCACUGCUUAGCUGCAGCUCAGAUGGACUGGGGUCACACAACUGUGUACACUUUGAGGAUGCAGGAGUGAUAUGUGAAGGUCAGUCAGGUCAAUCCCCUUCAGAAUCUCAUUCUGGCUUGGCAGUGCGCUUAGUUGAUGGUCCCAAUCACUGCUCUGGAAGGGUGGAGGUCUACCAUGAUGGGAGUUGGGGGACAGUCUGUGAUGAUAAUUGGGGUUUCCUAGAUGCCCAAGUUGUAUGUAGGGAGCUGAGCUGUGGACCAGCCACGGAGGCUCCUCAACAGGCUCACUUUGGUGAGGGGAGUGGCUCCAUCCUAUUGGACGAUGUGGCAUGCAUGGGAAGUGAGGGAUCUUUACUGGAAUGCAACUCAGGAGGGAUAGGAAACCAUAACUGUGGCCAUGAUGAAGAUGCCAGUGUAACUUGCAUGACGGAACAAGAGGACCCAGAUAGAAACAUGGUCCCAGAUGAUGGCCCAUUGAUCCGGCUGGUGGAUGGUCCUAAUCAGUGUUCAGGGAGGGUGGAAGUGUAUUAUGCGGGGCAGUGGGGUACGGUGUGUGAUGAUGACUGGGACGUGAGCGACGCUGACGUGGUCUGCAGACAGCUCAGCUGUGGGUGGGCUAUGGAUGCCCCUGGACAGGCCUGGUUUGGUAUGGGAGUUGGCAUUCCCAUUCUGCUGGACAACAUAGCCUGUGUUGGCACAGAAGGCACUCUCUUUGACUGCCCCUCUGAGGCGAUAGGUCAGCAUAACUGCAUGCAUCCUGAGGAUGCGAGUGUGGUCUGCUCAGAUUAUUUACCUAUCAAAGCUGGACCUUCAAUUCGCUUGGCCGGUGGCUCCAACAACUGCUCUGGUAGAGUGGAGGUGUUCCACUCUGGCCAGUGGGGUACAGUGUGUGAUGAUGACUGGGAUCUGAGGGAUGCCCAGGUGGUGUGUCAAGCACUGAGCUGUGGGAUGGCCCAGGAAGCCCCAGGUAGAGCCUGUUUUGGUCAGGGCUCAGGACCCAUCACUCUGGACGAUGUGUCGUGUGAGGGCACAGAGAGAUCAUUACAAGACUGCAGCGGAAGUGAACCAGGGGUACACAACUGUGACCAUAAUGAGGAUGCAGGAGUCAUCUGUGCAGGUCCUACAGAGAACAUCCAGCAAAACUCCACAUGGACCUACGAUGGCACUUCCAGAGUGCGUCUGGUCAACGGCACCGACAACUGCUCUGGUAGAGUGGAGGUGUUCCACUCUGGCCAGUGGGGUACAGUGUGUGAUGAUUGGUGGGAUCUGAGGGAUGCCCAGGUGGUGUGCAGAGAGUUGGGCUGUGGAGAAGCUCAAGAGGCCUUUAGAUCUGCAGAGUUUGGAGAAGGAAGUGGCUCUAUCUCUCUGGAUGACCUGGCUUGUUCUGGCUCUGAAGACUCUUUGCUGCAGUGUCCCCACAGUGGACUGGGGAACCAUAACUGUGUCCACUAUGAAGAUGCAGGAGUUACCUGCACAGGUCCUUCUGGAGGCAUCCAGCCAUUCAACUCAUCAUGGACCCAGGGUUCUGGUUCCGGAGGUUUCUGAAAGCAUAUAGAUCUCUCAUCCGUACAGUCUAGGAGUAUCAAGGGUUAACCAUAGACACUGUAUGUACGUUCUAAUUCUAUUUGUCAUCAACUCUCUCCGGCUGGGACAUGCUGCUGUGCAAAUUAAACACACUUCUAAAAAUACAGUGUGGUAAACCAUUAUCGGUAACAAUUAAUUUCCAGCCAGAGGGGAUUCUUGCUUUCUGCAAGAAAGUGGGGUUGAACCAUUUCAAAUUCUGCCUCAUGUAUCAUUCACAAUGGCCAUCAAUAAUGACACCGUGCCAAGAAGAUCCUGUGUCAGAGUUUCCAGACCGAGAAGGUGAAAACAACCUAGGCCAGCCAAGCCCCAAAGGCCUUCUGAAUUUUAACUCAAAUACAGUUCAAAUGCAAUCACAUGACCUGUAAGAUGAAUAUGCAUAAGUUUUGAAAAUGGUUUGUAUAGUGUUCACAUGCUGUAACUAACACAUCAGUAUGUGAACUAAAUUCAAUUUCCCCAAGAAUCUGAAAAUAUUGAGCAAUUUUCAAUUAAUGGAUUUAAUUUCAAUUAAUUAAUGAUAUUUAGUCUUUUAAAAGUUUGUUGACAUUUUUUUGGUUAUACUAAACACUGUAUUGUUCCUUUCAUGGUUAGGACCUUCUGUUACUUGUAGAAUGCUGUGUGUCCUAUUCCCAAGCUAGUCUAUUGUGAAUUAUCAUGAAAUAUCUUUAAUUAAAUCAA